AUGUUUUUAUUUCAGGAUAAGAAUGCUCGUUUCAAUCAAGGUUUAAUCGAUAAUUGUCAACGAGAUAUUAAUAAAUAUUGUCAAUCAGAAAUAGUUGAUAUUGAAAAAGAUGAUAAAGAAUUCGAUGAAGAUAAAGACGACUACAAUGAUAAUAAUGAUUAUAUUAAUGAUGAUGAUAAAGUAACCGAUCGUCAAAUGGGUGGUCAAAUAAUUCAAUGUUUACGUUCAAAAUAUGCCGAUACAUCAAUUACAUUAGAAUCACAAUGUGUAUUUGAAUUAGUUGAUGUUAUACAAACAUCAAAACUUGAUGUUAAACUUGAUAUUAAACUUUAUCAAAGUUGUCGACAAUUACUUAAAAGUGAAUGCAUUGGUAUGGAUCAAGAAGAUUGUUUAAUAUUACUUUAUCAAAAAGAUAUAAUUAAUGAUGAUGCUUGUAAAGAACAAGUUAAACGUAUUAUAAGAGAAGGACAAGCUGAUAUACAUGUUGAUCGUGCUUUAGCACUUGAAUGUCAAGCUGAUGUUUUGAAAUAUUGUAAUGAUAUUCCUAUAGGAAGUAGAAACCAAUUACAAUGUUUAUUAAAUAUGAAGAAAUUUUUAACAAAACAAUGUCAAAAUAUUUUACAAAAAAGACAAGCAUUAUUGAAAUCUGUAUCAAAUAUAUCUGAUACUGUUGAAUUAACAGAACGUAUCGAAAACUCAAGCAAUAACUUCUAUCUAUUCUCUAUUAUUCUUUUAAUAUCAUGUGUUAUAUUUAUGGCUGAUUUUAUGUAUGGUUCGCGCGUACGAUAUAAUCGUAUCAUAAAUUAUGAAUCAACACCAAUUAAUUAUAAGUGA